AUGUCGAAGUUGUUUAAUCUCUCUGCUGUGGAGGCAUUUGAGAAGUUACCAUUACAGCUUCGCAACUUCUUUACUCGCUAUCCUCCAUCUCCUUUUAGACAGUAUGCGUCCGAGCAAACACUUGCAAAUGCCCCCGAUGCCAAUCCAUUUAUUCCAAAUAGACAUCCAGUCACCGGUAAGGUUCAAGAGCCUGUUUAUUCUUUAAGACGGCAAUCUGAUUUAUACAAGCUCGCGUACAAGUUUGGAGUAGCAGACCUGAUGCCAACACUGCGCAAUAACAAGAAGUUCUAUGCGGAGAAGUUUGAAACUAAACCGCUAUUGAAGGGUGUGUUGAGUCCAAAGGGCCACAAAUGGGAAAGGACCUACGACGAGAGAAAAAAGAGGAUCGCGGACGCAGUGGCAAAGGCAGAAGAAGUUAUUGUGGAGGCCAAGGGAUCAAAAUACAAGAAGCGCAUCGAAAGAAAAGUAUCGGAGAGGAAAACGUGGUUUUAA